AUGAGUGAAUCCUCAUCUAGUGAACCUUCAAACCAUGAACAAGUCCAAGCCAUCACUACCCUUAGAAGUGGAAAGAUUGUUGACAAAGCUAUAGGUUUUGAGAUUCCUAGAGGUAUUGUGGAGGAGAAAUCUAAGGAAAGUGAAGAGGAAAUCAAAACACAAGUGACAAAUGAGAGCUUGAGUGACAAAGAAGGGAAACCUAAACAUGAUCUUAUGAACUCAGAAAUCUAUGAAUUGUUCAAACAAGUGAAAGUCAACAUUCCACUCCUUGAUGCAAUUAAACAAGUCCCAUCUUAUGCAAAGUUCCUCAAGGACUUAUGCACAGUCAAAAGGAGAUUGAAUGUGAAAGAAAGAGCCUUUCUAACUGAACAUGCUAGUGCCAUCAUCCAGUUUAAGACCCCUCCCAAAUACAAAGAUCCUGGUUGUCCUACCGUUUCAUGCAUUAUUGGAAGUCAUAAGAUAGACCAAGCUUUGUUGGAUUUAGGAGCAAGUGUGAAUUUGAUACCCUACACUGUUUACGAACAGUUAGGUUUAGGAGAAAUCAAGCCUACUCGAAUCACCCUUCAAUUAGCUGAUAGGUCAAUCAAGAUUCCCAGGGGUAUUGUUGAGGAUGUGUUGGUCCAAGUAGAUAAAUUCUACUUUCCUGUUGAUUUUGUAGUGCUAGACACCGCACCAAUUCAAGGUUCUAAUGCUCCCAUCCCAGUCAUCUUAGGUAGACCUUUCCUAGCUACAUCCAAUGCUUUAAUCAACUGUAGGAAUGGGGUGAUGAAAUUGUCUUUUGGGAAUAUGACUGUGGAGAUGAACAUAUUCAUUGUUUCCAAACAAAUUGGUGAACAUGAGGACAUUAGAGAGGUGGAUUUGAUCCAAACAGUUUGUCAAGAACACUUUGAGAGAGAGUGGAUCAAGGAUCCAUUGGAGAGAACUUUAAUUCAUGAUGAAAGAUUUUGUUCUUUGGAAUGUGUUGAUGAGGAAGUAAGAGAACUCGAGACUUAUCUAGAUCCAAUGCCUAUUAUGUCAAUAGGUCAAUGGACCCCAUCGUUUGAGCCUUUGAUUUCACCCCAAGUGAAAGUUGAGGCAUCUCUUGUCCAACCUUAUAAACCAGAAAGGAAGCCUUUACCAAGUGAUCUUAAGUAUGCUUUUCUAGGGGAAGAUGAAUCAUAUCCUAUUGUGAUUUCAUCAAAACUUAGCAUAGAGCAGGAACAAGAACUUUUGAGAGUGGUGAGAAAACACAAGAAAGCAAUUGGGUGGACUAUUACUGACUUGAAAGGAAUUAGCCCUCUUUUAUGUACACAUAGAAUCUAUCUUGAAGAAGAGGCUAAAUCUGUGAGGCAAAUGCAAAGACGAUUGAACCCAAACAUGAAGGAAGUAGUAAGAGGUGAAGUGCUUAAGCUACUUGAUGCAGGUAUCAUUUACCCCAUUGCAAACUCAAAAUGGGUUAGUCCAACCCAAGUUGUCCCUAAAAAAUCUGGAGUCACGGUAGUGAAGAAUGAAAAUAAUGAGCUAGUACCAACUAGAAUCCAAACUGGAUGGCGUAUGUGCAUUGAUUAUCGUAAGUUGAACAUGGUGACUAGGAAGGACCAUUUUCCACUUCCAUUUUUAGACCAAGUGCUUGAAAGAGUAGCUGGAAGAGCUUUCUAUUAUUUUCUUGAUGGAUACUCAGGUUACAACCAAAUUGAGAUUUCCUUAGAAGACCAAGAAAAAACCACUUUCACUUGUCCUUUUGGUACCUAUGCUUAUAGAAGAAUGCCUUUUGGCUUGUGUAAUGCACCAGCCACUUUUCAAAGAUGUAUGAUGAGUAUCUUUAGUGACAUGGUGGAAAAUUUUUUGGAAGUUUUCAUGGAUGAUUUUUCAGUUUAUGGGGAUUCUUAUGAGUUGUGUCUAAUGCAUUUGGAAAAAGUUCUUGAAAGGUGUGAGGAGAGCAAUCUUGUACUCAAUUGGGAGAAGUGUCAUUUUAUGGUGACACAUGGCAUUGUUUUAGGUCACAUUGUCUCUUCAAAAGGGAUAGAGGUAGAUAAGUCAAAGGUUGAAGUCAUUCAAAAAUUACCUACCCCUCGAACUGUGAAAGAUGUGAGAUCCUUUUUAGGACACGCUGGUUUUUACCGAAGAUUCAUUCAUUCUUUUAGUACCAUUGCCACACCAUUGUGUAACUUGUUGUCACAAGAUGUUCAAUUUGAUUGGACAUCAAAAUGUCAAGAAGCUUUUGAAAAGCUUAAAGGGUUGUUGACCACUGCACCAAUCAUGCAAGCUCCUGAUUGGUCUUUACCAUUUGAACUGAUGUGUGAUGCUAGUGAUUUUGCAGUAGGGGCUGUUUUAGGGCAAAGAAAAGAUAAGAAGCCUCAUGUCAUUUAUUAUGCUAGCAAAACUUUGAAUGAUGCUCAAUUGAAUUACACUACAACUGAAAAAGAACUGUUAGCUGUGGUAUUUGCAUUGGACAAGUUUCGGUCUUAUUUGGUUGGAUCUGUUGUUAUUGUUUUCACUGAUCAUGCAGCAUUGAAAUACUUGCUCACAAAACAAGAUGCCAAGCCACGUUUGAUUCGAUGGAUCCUCCUACUCCAAGAGUUUAACCUUGAAAUUCGAGAUAAAAAGGGAGUAGAGAAUGUAGUGGCUGAUCAUUUGUCCCGUCUUUCAAGCUAUGAGACCACAAUUGAUGAAUCUCCAAUAAAUGAAUUCUUUGCUGAUGAAAAUUUAUUUUGUGCAGGUACUGUUUCCUACAUUGGCUCUCCAUGGUAUGCUGACAUAGCAAAUUACCUAGCCACAAGUUAGAUUCCUUCUCAUUGGUCUAAACUUGACAAACAAAAAUUCUUGCGCAACGUGCGUACCUUUUUUUGGGAUGACCCCUACCUAUUUAAAUACUGCCCUGACCAAAUUGUUAGGCGGUGCAUCCCUGAUCAUGAAAUUCCAAGUGUAAUUAAUUUUUGUCAUGCAUUAGCCUGUGGUGGGCAUUUCUCUUCCAAGAAAACCACUGCCAAGAUCUUGCAGUGUGGUUUUUAUUGGCCCACCAUGUUCAAAGAUGUCCAUGCCUUCUGUGUUGCAUGUGACCGAUGCCAACAACUAGGUAACCUCACUAGGCGUAACAUGAUGCCCCUAAACCCCAUUUUUGUUUUGGAAAUAUUUGAUUGUUGGGGGAUUGAUUUCAUGGGACCUUUUCCAAGUUCAUUUGGUUACCAAUUCAUCCUUGUAGCUGUUGAUUAUGUGUCUAAAUGGGUGGAGGCCAUUGCAUC